GCCACUCAAGAUGCACUCAGGUGUCCUGGCUGCCUUCCUCUUCUUGAGCUGGACACAGUGUUGGUCCCUGCCCAUUCCCAACGAUGAGGAUGAUGAAGAUUUGUCUGAGGAGGACUUCCAGCUUGCAGAGCACUACCUGAAGUCAUACUACCAUCCCCGGAACCCUGCGGGCAUCCUGAAGAAGACUGCGGCAAACUCCAUGGCUGACAGGCUCCGAGAAAUGCAGUCUUUUUUUGGCUUGGAGGUGACUGGCAAGCUUGACGACAACACCUUAGACAUCAUGAAAAAACCAAGAUGUGGAGUUCCUGACGUGGGCGAAUACAAUGUUUUCCCGAGAACUCUCAAGUGGUCCAAAAUGAAUUUAACCUAUAGAAUUGUGAAUUAUACCCCUGAUAUGACUCAUUCUGAAGUCGAAAAGGCAUUCAGAAAAGCCUUCAAAGUUUGGUCUGAUGUGACACCGCUGAAUUUCACCAGACUUCACGAUGGCACUGCUGACAUCAUGAUCUCUUUUGGAACUAAAGAGCAUGGCGACUUCUACCCAUUUGAUGGACCCUCUGGUCUGCUGGCUCAUGCUUUCCCUCCUGGGCCCAAUUACGGAGGAGAUGCCCAUUUUGAUGAUGAUGAAACUUGGACAAGUUGCUCCAAAGGCUACAACUUGUUUCUCGUGGCUGCCCAUGAGUUUGGCCACUCGCUAGGUCUCGACCACUCCAAGGACCCGGGGGCACUCAUGUUUCCCAUCUACACCUACACCGGCAAAAAUCACUUCAUGCUUCCCGAUGACGAUGUACAAGGGAUCCAGUCUCUCUAUGGUCCAGGAGAUGAAGACCCCAACCCUAAACACCCUAAAACACCAGACAAAUGUGAUCCCUCUUUAUCCCUUGAUGCCAUUACCAGUCUCCGAGGAGAAACAAUAAUCUUUAAAGACAGAUUCUUCUGGCGGCUGCACCCUCAGCAGGUUGAUGCGGAGCUGUUUUUAACAAAAUCGUUUUGGCCGGAACUUCCCAACCGUAUUGAUGCUGCAUAUGAGCAUCCUUCUCAUGACCUUAUCUUCAUCUUUAGAGGCAGAAAAUUUUGGGCUCUGAAUGGUUAUGACAUUCUGGAAGGUUACCCCAAAAAAAUAUCUGAACUAGGAUUUCCGAAAGAGGUUAAAAAGAUAAGUGCGGCUGUUCACUUUGAGGAUACGGGGAAGACCCUCUUCUUCUCUGGGAACCAGGUCUGGAGCUACGAUGAUACUAACCAUACGAUGGAUAAAGACUACCCCAAACUAAUAGAAGAGGAAUUCCCAGGGAUUGGUGACAAUGUAGAUGCUGUCUACGAGAAAAGUGGUUACAUCUACUUUUUCAACGGGCCUAUACAGUUUGAAUACAGCAUCUGGACUAACCGCAUCGUCCGUGUCAUGCCAGCACAUUCCCUACUGGGGUGUUAAGUGUCUUUUAAAUAUUGUUAUUUAAAUCCUGAAGAACAUUUGGGAUAAUACU